GAAGACGAAGGGGAAGACCAGGAUUGCCAAGGGAGAGGUCGGUGGAGGCAGCUUUCAGAGCAUGGGUCUAUAUCCGUGGCUUUUGCGCUCGCUCACAUUGCAAGGCUUCCGAAUACCUACGCCAAUCCAACGACUGUCCAUUCCUGCACUUCUGACAAACCCUCCACGCGACCUGGUCGGGAUGGCACGAACGGGUUCUGGAAAGUCCCUCGCAUAUCUCAUUCCUCUUGUACAGCGUUUAGGAGGCCGACACUCAACCGCUUUCGGUGCUCGUGCAUUAAUCUUGCUUCCUGCUCGUGAACUAGCUCUGCAAGUCCUCAAGGUCGGCAAGGAGCUUUCGCGUGGGUACCAUGCUGGUGAAGGAGAGCAUGCCGGAGACAAGGAAGGAGAAUAUUCGAAGAAGGGGCAGGCAUUGAGAUGGGGUCUCAUCGUUGGCGGUGAAGGCAUGGACGAGCAGUUCGAGAUGAUGUCAAAUAAUCCGGACGUCAUCAUCGCGACCCCUGGACGUCUCUUGCAUCUUAUCGUCGAGAUGAACCUGGACUUCAAGUCGGUUCAAUAUGUCGUUUUCGACGAGGCUGAUCGUCUCUUCGAGAUGGGCUUUGAGACCGCUCUCACCGAGAUCCUGCACCGACUCCCUGCGUCCCGCCAAACUCUGCUGUUCUCAGCUACCUUACCCAAAUCGUUGGUCGAAUUUGCCAAGGCUGGCCUCCAAAAUCCCAAGCUUGUCCGUCUGGAUGCAGAGGGCAAAAUCAGUACCGAUCUCCGCAUAGCAUUUUUCUCUGUCAAGCAAGCGGAGAAGGAGGCCUCGCUUCUCAUCCUUCUUCGGGACGUUAUUGGUGUGCCUUUAGGAAGUAACAAGAAGAAAGAAAGCGAGGAGAGCACGGAUAAGAAGGGCAAAGGUAAGGCGAGAGCCAAACACUCCGACUACGUCACCGCGCCGCAUCAAACACUUGUCUUCGCUGCAACAAAACAUCAUGUCGAGUACCUUACCAACCUCCUGACCUCCGCCGGCUACGCGGUCUCGCACAUCUACGGCUCUCUUGACCAGGCAGCACGAACACAGCAGAUGGAGCACUUCCGCAGAGGAUACACCAGCAUCCUUGUCGUUACCGAUGUCGCUGCUCGUGGCAUCGAUAUCCCUGUGCUGGAGAACGUCGUGAACUACGACUUUCCCCAAGGUGCUCGUGUAUUCGUGCACCGUGUGGGCCGUACCGCGCGCGCAGGCCGUACAGGCUGGGCAUGGUCUUUCAUCACCAACUCAGAGCUACCGUACCUGCUCGACUUGCAGCUUUUUUUGGGUCGCCCGAUCAAAAGCGAGGUUGCGACGGAUGGCGACCAGCCGUAUACGGAUUCGCUCAUUCUGGGCCCGUUCGACCGUGACCGUGUGGACGAGGAAGUUGAGUACAUCAAGAAGCUCGACGAGGAGGACCACAACCUUGCUCCGCUGCGCGAGGUCAUGCGCAAGGGGCAUGGUAUGUACGAGCGUAGCAAGGGCAAGGCGAGCCAGGCGAGCUACAACCGUGCAAAGGUGAUGAUGAAGGAGCCCAAGAACGGCCUUAUGGGCUUGACGUCGACACCGCACCCCGUGCUCCUGCGUAGCAAGGAUGGCAGCAGCAUAGCGAAGAAGCUCGGGGAAGAGAAGAGGCGCAAAGAGCUGCUCAUGGCGGUCAGCGCAUUCAGACCGGCGGAGACUGUGCUCGAGAUCGGUGCGCGAGGGAACGCAGAGACUGCUGCACUCAUGAAGCAACGUCGGAAAGCACUCAGCAGGGCUGCACAGAGACAGCAGAAUGCCUCAACGUCUGCUACCACGCUUAAAAAUGAUGAUGAAGAGUCUCAUGAGGAUGAAGGACGCCGCGAGGAAGUGGAGAUGGCGGAUGAAGAGCAGAUUGCUGCUGUCUUUGACCCUGGUGAUAAGAGGAAUAAAGACAAGGACAGCCACCGCGACUCCGAGUAUUACAUGUCGCACUACCAAAAGGACGCGAACACGGAUAAGGGCUACUCUCUUCGCGACGGUGCCUCCUUUGCAGAGCAAGCGAAGAACGUGACGUUUGAUCUCGGUUUGGACGAAGCUCUGCAGGAGCGCAAGCGUCGUGACCUGCACUGGGACAAGACCAAAAAGAAGUUUGUCAAGGGCACGGGCGAGGGUGCGGACAACGUGAAGCUCGUCAAGACUGAGAGCGGCGUUAAGCUCCCUGCAACGUACCGCAGCGGCCGGUUCGACGAAUGGAAGGCCAAGAGCCGCGUGAGCCUUCCGCGUAUCGGCGAGGCCGAGGCGGCGGGUCCACAACGUCACGGCUCGAUGGGCGCAGGCGGGCGCAAGUGGAAGCACAACCAAGUGCAAGAGGCGAAGCCGCUCCACAAGCUCAGCAAGGACUAUGAGCGCAAGGCGCGCCAGCUCAAGAAGAAGGCCGAAACGCGUGGCGAGACUAACGGGCCUGCGCCAGGGGCAAAGGGCAAGGGCAAGGGCAAAAAGACGGGCGCACGCUUUGGCGGGAAGCCUAUCGGGAAGGUGAAGAACGAGCUCAAGACGGUCGACCAGGUCCGCAAGGCGAGGGUUACUGCGGAGAGGAAGAAGGCAAAGAACGCGCGACCGUCGCGCAAAGGCAAGGGCAAGCGAUAGAUGUGUUUCUCAUCUACAUUGCUAUCCUUCCUGCUGUAUAUACCUCCUAGCCUGCCUCUCUACUAUGGCCUGUCCCAGCUGCUGGCGUUGCCGGGAAGGAUCUGUAUAUUCUCUUUGCCUUCCAACAAAUCCACACCGACGCUACGUAGAGCAUUGAUACACCACUCAGGAUAGCCCCUGCCACCGAAAUACUUGGCGAAGAAACUCUUGAGGUAUUCUGGGAACGUGCCUUGGAUGAUCGCGUCUCUUGCGCGUCCCAUGAGCUGUGCCUGGAAUACGAGGUUGUGCUGUGUCACGGCGUGCGCUCCGGCGGUCUCGAUUGUCAGGAUGUGAUGAAGUAUGGCGCGAGAUGUGCCAUCCGUGCAAGUCGGGCAAGGGCACUCAGGGUCGAUCGGGCUGAAGUCCUUCUCAUGUUUCAUGAGACGAAGAUUCAGCGGUCCUCUGAAUGUCAAAGCUACACCGAAGCGCGCCGUUCGGGUUGGGAAGACACAGUCCGCCAUGUCGACACCGAGGGCCACACAGACGAGAAGAUCCUCGGCGAAGCCAAUACCCAUAGAAUAUCGCGGUCGGUCCCAUGGAAGUUUGUCUGCGCACUGUUUGAUAAUCCUCCAAAACGUGUCCUUCGCUUCGCCUCCACUAAGUCCACCAAUGGCAUACCCAGCGACCCUAUCCUUGCGAGCGACCAUCUCGUCCAAGCAUCGAUCUCGAAGUUCAGGAUCGACUCCGCCCUGUACAAUAGCGAACAAGUUCUGUCUGUCUGCCUUGCCAGACUUUUCGUGGUGUUCUAUACAACGGUCGAGCCAGCGUAUUGUCCGCCACAUUGCUUCACCGACACGAGGUCCGACUGUCAAGCUGGAGACUACAUCGUCCAGUUGCAUGAUAAUGUCAGCGCCGAUAGCGUGCUGAAUCGAUAUACUCUCUUCUGGAGUAAGCAUCGUGGGCUUACCAUCGAACGGACUCUCGAAAAGGGCACCUUCUUCCGUGAUCUGAGUGAAUUUGUUCAGAGAUACGAGCUGGAAUCCACCGCUGUCCGUGAGCAGAUUGUGCCUCCAUCCCUGGAACUUGUGCGCACCUCCAGCCUCAUUCAAGACCCGGAUCCCAGGGCGCAGAUUCAAGUGAUAGGUGUUAUUCAAGAUGAGGUUGAUGCCGAGUGCUUCAACUUGUUGAGGUGUGAGGCCCUUGAUUGCUGCUUGCGUCGCGACGGGCAUGAAUGUGGGCAACAUGGUCACCCCGUGAGCGAGCUUCAUCCUCGACACCC